UGGAGCAAGCAGCUGUUCAGUCAAGCAGUCGUCUACAAGUCAAGGGGACAGCUAUUCCCCAAACGCAUAAAGAUGAGCGGGAGCGCAGCAUGAACACUAUUGGUUUUCGGUCAAAAGUCAAUUGUUGCGAUGGCAGACAGUAACAGUCCCCCGUUGUCGUCCUUCAUCAUGGAUGAAGAAACGCUGAAGAGAAAACAGAAGGAGAAGUUAAAGAAACUGAUGGCUACCGGUGGCAAUCCAAGGCCUGCUCGAUCUCUCCUCUUCUUGACACUCAAGAAUCCCUUCCGUCGGGCUUGCAUCAGUAUCGUGGAGUGGAAGCCAUUUGAAAUUAUCAUCCUCCUGGCCAUUUUUGCCAACUGUGUAGCCCUCGCUGUGUACUUACCCAUGCCUGAGGAAGACAGCAACAUCACCAACAGCAAUCUGGAAAGCCUGGAAUACAUUUUCCUCAUCAUCUUCUCUGUAGAAUGUUUCCUGAAGAUAAUUGCCUAUGGAUUUCUUUUUCAUGCCGAUGCUUACUUAAGAAACUGCUGGAAUAUUUUAGACUUUGUUUGUGUGUCAGUUGGACUCUUUACUGUGGCGGUUGAUGCUAUUCAUCAUAUCAGUGGAGUUGAGCCUGUAGUUGGCGAAAAAGGUGGUGGUUUUGAUAUGAAAGCUCUGAGGGCUUUCAGAGUCCUUCGACCACUCAGACUGGUGUCUGGAGUCCCAAGCCUGCAAGUGGUCAUGAACUCCAUCCUGAAGUCCAUGCUGCCCUUGUUUCACAUAACCCUACUGGUCUUUUUCAUGGUCACCAUCUACUCUAUAAUGGCUCUUGAGCUAUUCAAAUGUAAAAUGCAUAAAACAUGCUACUAUACAGGCACUGACAUCGUUGCAACAGUGGAGAACGAGAAGCCCGCCCCAUGUGCCCAAGCAGGGAACGGCCGUCGGUGCUCCAUCAACGGCACAGAGUGUCGAGCCGGCUGGCCUGGCCCAAACCAUGGCAUCACUCACUUUGACAACUUGGGAUUUUCCAUGCUGACUGUGUACCAAUGUAUUACUACGCAAGGGUGGACGGAUGUUCUAUACUGGGUGAAUGAUGCCAUUGGAAUGGAAUGGCCCUGGAUCUUUUUCACCACACUCAUCCUGGUCGGUUCUUACUUUGUGCUCAACCUGGUUCUUGGUGUGCUUAGUGGUGAGUUCACCAAAGAACGAGAGAAAGCCAAGUCCCGGGGUGAGUUUCAGAAGCUGAGGGAGACCCAGCAGCUGGAUGAGGACUUGAAGGGUUAUAUGGAGUGGAUCACCCAAGCUGAAGUCAUGGAUAAUGACAAUGAAGGCCAGAGUUUGCUCCCCACUGAAAAUGGAGGAUCAGAGGCAGGAAGUGCCGGUAAAAUGGACACAAUGCAGUUGAUCAUCUAUUACUAUAAACAGGCUCGCAAGUGGAACCGUUGGUUACGCCGUAAAUGCCUAGUGUAUGUUAAGUCCAAACUUUUCUACUGGUGGGUGAUUAUGCUGGUCUUCUUCAAUACACUUGCUAUUGCGACAGAACACCACAAGCAGUCUGAAAGGCUCACAAACUGGCAAGACAACACCAAUACUCUACUGCUGGCCAUGUUUUCCCUGGAGAUGUUGAUUAAGAUGUACGCGCUUGGCUUGUCGUCGUACUUCAUGUCACUCUUCAAUCGUUUUGACUGCUUUGUGGUGUCCACCGGCAUGAUGGAGCUCAUCCUGGUCCAAAUGAACAUUAUGUCGGUCAUGGGUAUCUCAGUGCUGCGCUGCAUCCGCCUGCUACGCUUGCUCAAAGUCACCAGAUACUGGACAUCUCUGAGUAAUCUGGUGGCUUCCCUCUUGAACUCAGUCCGUUCCAUCGCCUGCUUGCUGCUCCUGCUUUUCCUCUUUAUCGUCAUCUUCUCCCUGCUGGGUAUGCAGGUGUUUGGAGGAAAGUUCAACUUUUCGGACCAACCAAAACCCCGCAGCACUUUUGAUAGCUUCCCUCAAGCCCUCAUUACUGUUUUCCAGAUUCUUACAGGUGAGGAUUGGAACGCCGUCAUGUAUGACGGCAUCAUGGCGCACGGGGGACCCAGCAUGCCUGGAAUCCUCGUCAGCAUUUACUUCGUCAUCCUGUUUGUUUGUGGAAAUUUCAUUCUUUUAAACGUCUUCCUGGCCAUUGCGGUCGAUAAUUUGGCGGAGGCCGAGUCUUUGACUUUGGCACAGAAGGAGAAAGCAGAGGAUAAGGAGAGAAAGAAAGUACUCAGGACCAACUUGCCCAACAAGACUUCUGAGGAAAAAGCAAAUCUUGCAAAGAAAUUAGCCGAGCAGAAAGCCAAGGGUGUUGAGGGCUUCCCCACGACUGCUAGACUCAAAAUUGAUGAGUUUGAGUCAAACGUGAAUGAAAUUAAAGACCCUUUCCCUCCAGCUGACUUUCCUGGUGACGAUGAAGAAGAGGACCCUGAGAUCCCGGAAAGUCCGAGACCCCGUCCAAUGGCUGAUCUUCAGUUGAAGGAAGAAGCGGUACCGAUGCCAGAAGCCAGUUCAUUUUUCAUCUUUGGGCCACAAAACAAGUUCCGCAAACUGUGCCAUCGCAUCAUAAAUGCAACCACAUUCACCAACAUCAUCCUCCUUUUCAUCCUUCUGUCAUCCGUUUCUUUAGCGGCUGAGGAUCCCAUCGACCCCGUGUCCUUCAGGAACCAGGUGUUGGCGUAUGCUGAUAUCGUCUUCACUUCAGUGUUUACAGCAGAGAUUGUACUCAAGGUCGUAAAAACAUCCAAAUUCAAUAUCGUGACAAAACCAAAACGCUCAGUUCUUGUGUUCACUGCUUUUCAGAUGACAACGUAUGGCGCAUUUCUGCACAAAGGCUCUUUCUGCCGGAACUCAUUCAACAUUUUGGAUCUACUGGUCGUCAGUGUAUCAUUACUCUCCAUGGGAAUGGAAUCCAGUGCCAUCUCCGUGGUGAAGAUUCUGAGGGUGUUGAGGGUACUUCGACCGCUGAGAGCUAUUAAUCGAGCCAAGGGCCUCAAGCAUGUGGUCCAGUGUGUGUUUGUUGCUGUCAAGACCAUCGGGAACAUUGUUCUGGUGACCAUGCUGCUUGACUUCAUGUUUGCCUGCAUUGGAGUUCAGCUUUUCAAGGGAAAGUUCUAUUCCUGCACAGACCCAGACAAAAUGACUGAAGAAGAAUGCAAAGGUUGGUAUAUAAAGUAUCAGGAAGGAGCACUUCACGAGAUGGAGGUCCGCAAGAGGGAAUGGACCAACUCGGAACUCAACUUUGAUAACAUCUUCAACGGGAUGCUGGCGCUCUUCACCAUUUCCACAUUUGAAGGAUGGCCCAAGAUCCUUCACAAAGCCAUCGAUUCAAAUAUGGAGGAUCAAGGGCCGGUGUACAACAACCGAGUUGCCAUCUCAAUCUUCUUUAUCGUCUACCUCAUCCUUAUUGCCUUUUUCAUGAUGAACAUAUUUGUUGGUUUCGUCAUCGUCACCUUCCAGGAGCAAGGAGAGCAAGAGUAUAAAAACUGUGAGCUUGACAAAAACCAGCGCCAGUGCGUGCAGUAUGCUCUCAAGGCCCGACCGCUGCGGUGUUAUAUUCCCAAGAACCCAUACCAAUAUCAAGUGUGGUACAUUGUCACUUCCUGCUACUUUGAAUACCUUAUGUUCCUUCUGAUAAUGCUCAACACCAUGUGCCUGGGAAUGCAGCACUGUAAUCAGUCCGACCAUGUUUCCCACCUAUCUGACAUGCUAAAUGUCAUUUUCACUGUGCUCUUCACUGUGGAGAUGAUCCUGAAACUGAUGGCCUUCAAAGCUAAGGGUUACUUUGGAGACCCCUGGAAUGUUUUUGACUUUGUCAUCGUCAUUGGAAGCGUCGUGGAUGUGAUUCUGAGUGAAAUCGAUGCAGCACUGGUGUCCUCUGGAGGGCUCUACUGUCUCCAUGGCUGUGAUGCAGUGGAUCCGAUGCAAGCAAUUGCGUCUUCGGAGAAUAUGAGUGUGUCAAUCACGUUCUUCAGACUGUUUCGUGUUAUGCGUCUCGUGAAACUUUUGAAUCGCUCUGAAGGAAUAAGGAAUCUCCUAUGGACCUUCAUAAAAUCCCUUCAGGCUCUUCCCUACGUGGCCCUGCUGAUUCUAAUGCUGUUCUUUAUAUAUGCUGUUGUUGGAAUGCAGAUAUUUGGCAAAAUUGCUUUGGUUGAUGGGACGUACAUCAACAGGAACAAUAACUUCCAGACCUUUCCACAGGCUGUGCUGCUCUUAUUCAGAUGUGCCACAGGUGAAGCCUGGCAUGAAGUGAUGCUCGCAAGUAUGUAUGGCAAGAAAUGUGACGCCAAAUCAGAUUACCUACCUGGAGAAGAGUUCACCUGUGGAUCCAACUUUGCCAUCAUCUACUUCUUGAGUUUCUACAUGCUUUGCGCUUUUCUGAUUAUAAACCUGUUUGUGGCUGUCAUUAUGGAUAACUUUGACUAUCUGACCCGUGAUUGGUCCAUUCUGGGGCCCCAGCACUUGGAUGAGUUCAAGAAAAUAUGGGCAGAAUAUGACCCAGAGGCCACGGGGCGCAUUAAGCAUCUGGAUGUAGUGACCCUUCUACGGAGAAUCCCCCCACCUCUGGGUUUUGGCAAGUUUUGUCCCCAUCGUAUUGCCUGCAAGAGGCUCGUCUCCAUGAACAUGCCGCUCAACAGUGAUGGAACAGUCACCUUCAACGCAACGCUCUUUGCCCUGGUUAGAACUGCACUGAAAAUAAAGACGGAAGGUAAUUUUGAACAAGCCAACGAGGAGCUGAGAGCAAUUAUUAAGAAGAUCUGGAAGCGUACUAGUAUGAAACUGCUGGAUCAGGUCAUUCCACCGAUAGGAGAUGAUGAAGUGACUGUGGGAAAAUUCUAUGCGACAUUUUUAAUUCAGGAUUAUUUCAGGAAAAUGAAAAAAAGACAGGAGGAAUAUUAUGGUUACAGGCCAACAAAGAAAAGCGCCACAAAUGAGAUACAGGCAGGACUUCGAAACAUUGAGGAGGAGGCUGCUCCCGAGCUCCAUCGAACCAUCUCUGGUGAUCUACUAAAUGAAGAUGAGAUGGACAGAGUUACUGAUGAAGCUGUAGAAGAAAUCUUCAGGAGGCAAGGCGGUCUUUUUGGAAACCAUUCUGAUCCCUUUGCCAUGGAGACUGAUAUGACCAGUGGCAACCAGGCUACAAGUCAACGGCCACUGCAAAUGGCAGAAGGGAUCACUAAUGAUCACUCGAAAGAAACAGCUGGGAGAAAUGAGCCACGUUCAGCAAAUUAAAAAGCACUUUUGAAAGAAGAAAAGUGAAGCAAGCAACUUGUUGCAAUGGCAGCCUUUGUGUGGCUCCUACAGUGAACUGCUUUAUUUUUAUUUAUUUAUUUUUUUCUGGCCUAUACUGGAUGUACAAAGCUGUCAGAAAGUGAAAAAUGCAUUUCCUUGGGCAAUUUGAAUUGAGUAGUGACCACUGUGACUUGAUUUUAAAGUCCCCUUUGUUGUUUUAAAAACAACUUUACUCGUUGAGGUUGUGUGCUUCAGAUAGGUGCAGUUUGACCACUGUGACUUGAUUUUAAAGUCCCCUUUGUUGUUUUCAAAACAACUUUACUAGUUGAGGUUGUGUGCUUCGGAUAAGUGCAGUUUGUCCAGGGCCUCUUCUAGCUGCCUGGUGUCUCAGGGGUCCAGAAAGAUGGCAAAAUGGAGCCAUUCCAACUCCAACCCCCCCAGACAGCUAUGGCACACAAUGAUAAACACAGUGAGGACAAAAAACCCCAUCUAUGGUUCUACUCAACAAAUGCCAACACAAGCGACUAUCUCAAUAAAGUCGCUAAAAGAAACCUAGCAGUAUCAACGACGACAAUAAAAAGUGGGCGGAGGCUGGUGUGAUAAUGCUGGAAUUCCACUAGAGAGCAGUCAUGAUCUAGCCAAAAGAAAGCGAAGGUGAGCGAGUGCUUGACUGCUUCAGUAAAUGAUCACGUGUGGAAAUUGACACUGUAUGAAGUAUUCGUUGGCCUUGAUUUGGAGAAUCGGCCUGAAUGGAAUUGAAUGCAUCGAUUUCGAUUGUAACGAAAUUGACAGUGUUUCUUACAGUGGAUAACAAAGGAAUACUUUUGGUUAAGCCCACAAAGGUAAAUCUGUUUGUAAAACCAUCCAAUAAAGCCACUCAAAUUCUUGAUUGGGAUCUGAGUUGAAUGCGGAGAUGGCAUUUAUAAAGAAACUAUUUUCGAGUCUGUUUGUUUUUCCACUUGUGUCAUGUCUGCUUGAUGGCAGAAUUUCUAACAGGUCUCUCUGAUUUCAUUUUGCACCUUACUGAGGCAGCGAAAGCUGUGCACUUAGCAAAGGACAACCGCUGGGCCAUAUGAAUGGCCUUCUUGUCUGCGAUGGUAGCGCUGGCAAAUGAGGCACCUGCAGUAGGUUAGGCUGCUAAGUAAGAAGUUCCAAAAACACCACAGAGGUUUGUCAUUUUAGGCUGAAGCACCGUUUUCAUUUUCUGCAGACAAAUCCUGUCUUUACUGCAAGAUUCUAUGUUGAAAAUACAUAUUUACUUGUCAGUGUCGUGCGUGCUCCAUACGUAUGUAGCGGCAGAUUACAAAAACACUUUUCACAUUUCUUCAAGGCUAUUGUUAAAGUUCAGCCUGGGCAACAUGGAGCCGGCUUGAUUGUAAUUACAGAAGUCAUGGUAAUGAUGUCAUCGAUAGAAAUUGAGUGUUCCCAAAAGAGAUACAAAUCACAUCUGAAAGUG